AUGGAUAUCAACAGAUGGAGUCUUCAAGGUAUGACUGCUCUUGUAACCGGUGGAACCAAGGGAAUUGGGUAUGCAAUAGUGGAGGAACUUGCAGGUUUUGGUGCAAGAGUGCACACUUGUGAUAUAGACCAAACUCUGCUUGAUGAAUGUUUAAGUGAAUGGCAAAGAAAAGGGUUUCAAGUCAGUGGUUCAAUUUGUGAUGUUACCUCUCGACCUCAGAGAGAGCAGUUGAUGCAGACUGUAAACAAUGUUGGCAAGUUCAUGUUAAAGCCAACUUUAGAAAGUAGAGGAGAAGAUUUCUCAAGGAUUGUCUCUGGCACAUCCUCCAUCUAUGGUGCAACAAAAGGAGCCCUGAAUCAACUGGGAAGAAACUUGGCUUGUGAAUGGGCAAGUGAUGGUAUAAGGGUUAACUCUGUUGCUCCUUGGGUCACUGCAACUUCACUUGUCAAAAAAUAUCUUGAUGACAAGAAAUUUGCUGACGAUAUGUUCUCAAGAACUCCAUUAGGCCGUGCAUGUGAGCCGCGUGAGGUUGCGUCGUUGGUUACAUUUCUUUGUCUCCCUGCAGCUUCUUAUAUAACAGGACAAACCAUUUGUGUUGAUGGAGGUUACACUGUUAAUGGCUUCUCCUACAAGCCAGAUGUUUAA